AUGGAUGAUUGUAUCAAAUGCCAAAGUGAUCAAUAUCCAACCAAGGACCAAGAUGGAUGCAUUCCCAAGGCAAUAAGCUUUCUGUCUUUUGAAGAACCUUUAGGAAUUAGCUUGGCUUCCAUGGCUGUUUCUUUAGCUCUGAUUACAACUAUAGUGUUAGGAACUUUCAUGAAACACAAAGAUACGCCCAUCGUCAAAGCCAACAACCAAGACAUCACCUACAUCCUUCUUAUCGCUCUCCUGCUCUGCUUUCUCUCUUCUUUGCUGUUCCUUGGACAACCAGGGAAGGUGACCUGCUUCCUCCGACAAUCUGCAUUCAGCAUCAUCUUCUCUGUGGCUGUUUCUUGUGUGCUGGCAAAAACUCUCACUGUGGUUGUAGCUUUCAUGGCCAUCAGACCAGGGUCCAGCAUGAGGAAGUGGGUGGGGAAAAGACUGUCCAACUCGAUUGUCUUUUCCUGCUCCUUUGUUCAAGCAGGCAUUUGUGUGGUGUGGCUAGCAACCUCACCCCCAUUCCCAGAUGUUGACACAUUGUCAUUGACUGAAGAGAUCAUAUUAGAAUGUAACAAGGGGUCUGUCCUCAUGUUCUAUAUUGUCCUAGGUUACAUGGGACUUCUAUCCAUCAUUAGCUUGACUGUAGCUUUCCUAGCUAGGAAGUUGCCUGACACUUUUAAUGAAGCCAAGUUCAUCACCUUCAGCAUGCUUAUCUUUUGCAGUGUUUGGGUAUCUUUUCUUCCAACUUACCUCAGCACCAAGGGGAAAUCCAUGGUAGCUGUGGAGAACUUUUCUAUCUUGGUGUCCAGUGCUGGUUUACUCAGCUGUAUCUUUUUCCCAAAAUGCUAUAUUAUUGUAUUGAGACCUGAGUUGAACAGGAGAGAAGUACUAAUAAGCAGAAAAAAUAGGAUCAGCUGUGAUUUCUAA